UUCUGUUUAGUGUAGCACAAGAGAUGGAAUAACAUUUCUUCAUCUUCAUAAUAGACUUUAUCGAGAACUUAAUUUGAACCUGGAAACGGAACUGAUUUUUCUUUGAAAUAGUAAACGAUUCUUCGUGCUGCGAACAUUUGAAAUUUGUGAAUAAUCAAUUCUACUUCUGGAAAAUGGCCAAACUAACAUUUUUGUAUCGUUCUGAUGAAGUGAACUGUGUGAAAGUGUCAAAAAGACAACUUCCGCUGAUUGGUGGUGAUAAUUUAAUGAUGCUGAUGGAUUUAAAUUCAAAAGGCCUAAUUUUCGACCAACCCGCUAUUGAUGGAAUGGAAUUGGAAGAAUUUACCAAAAAAUAUCAGCUGCUUUCUCCUGCUGAGCUACGUGCCUCGUUACAAGUUUCCACGGCUGAUUUGAUGUCAAUUUUAAGCCAAAAUGUGCCUUGUGUAGGAUGUAGAAGAAGUGUCGAAAGAUUGUUCUAUCAAUUGAUGCUUUCUGGACAUCCCACACUCGACCCAGUCGUGAUUACCAGUAAAGGCAUCUUAACUAUAAAUGAAGAUAAAAUCAGGUGUCCGCAAGCAAUUUGCACGUUACUUUACAACCAUAAAACGCUAUUAGAUGGAGUAGUGGACAAUCAAUUGCGGAAUCGAAAAAAAAAUCGAUGUAAUCUACAUUCUUUGGAAUCUUUUCGUUCACGCCCGUUUUCAGAAACAUGGAAAGAUUUGUGGGACUGCAUGAAACAGCAAUGCAAAGACGAAGUUGCUGUAGUAGAAGCUUCCGAAUUACAAACUACGUUGAACACAUAUCUCAAAAAGCAUAGAUUUUGUCAAGAGUGUCGCUCGAAGGUCGAGAAAGCUUAUUGCCUGUUAGUAAAUGAAAGUGAUCCUGUGAAUGAAAAAGGAUAUGCAGCCCAUUUAUACUCAGAUAUCAAGCGUUGUUUAGCCGACAAGCAUAUUCAUUUGGAAACAAAGUAUGAAUACAUAGACAGUUUGAUCAAAAGAGCCGAACCAGAAUUAAAUGGCAGAAUUGCUAAAAAUCGCGAACGUCACGCUAAAACUCUUGAAAUCGCUCAAGAAGAAGUUCUUACAUGCAUAGGAAUGUGUCUUUAUGAAAAACUAAGACGAAUAAGUGUUUGUCUUCAUGAAGAAGAGAACGCGUGUGACGUGUUGUCAGCUGUUGCAGUACACGCAUUGAAUCGAAGUUUCGAUAUGGCUGUUGAACAAAAACAAGGAAUAAGCAACUUAGAAUUACUUUAUCAAGAAAUUAGCCGCGAAGAAAAAUGUAAGGAACUCAAGAAGGAACAGAAAAGGUUAAAAAAACGACGGAAGCGAAAUGAAAAAAGACACUUAGGCAAUAUAUCACACAAUCUUCAAUGUUGUGAAACGGAACCGGUAGCUAAAGAAUUUAUUUGUAAGACUGAACAACAUAGUCACGAAAAGAAUGAAAACUUAUCUCUUUAUAAAGUUUCCGUUAUGAAAACUAACGGGUCGCGUGUGAGCUUUAAUUACAAUAAGGACUGUGAUUUCACCGAACCUGAUUUAGCUUCCACUAUAUACAACUCAUGUGACGAAAUGGACUCGAACAACUCGUCCACACCCUAUACACUGACCGACGCAGGAUACUCAUCUGAACCCCAAAAUACAGAGUUCUAUCAUCCUCAAUCAAGAACAUCAAGUCUUGUUAGCACUCCCGAGGGCUCAGAAGUAGCAUGUUCAGAGGGUUUUUGUAAUCACGACAGUUCAAUACAAUCAAAUAAGUCAACAACGUCAAAGACGAUGUCAUCAUUGGCCGUGAGAUCAAAUCUAAUAGCACGACCUACUAUGACUCUUCAGGAAAUGUUGGAUAAAUCUUCAACUGAAGACGACGAUACUGAAAUUGACUUUAUUCCACAAGAACACAUUUUGCAAUUCAAGCUACGCAGCAAUACUAUCAGACAGCAAAGAGAGGCCCUUCGUCGACAGCUUUUGAAUAACUUUGAAAGAUUAUGCAUCAACCAUUGUAAAGGAGAACAUCAUGGCCAAUGAUGAUUUCUCAAAUAAUUCGGAAUGGGAGAAUUUACCUGCUAUGCAGUCAAUCUGGUUCAUUUCUUUGGAAUCAUGUUUUUCUUUCCGGAAGAAGAGGCAAACGACUACAAAGUGAAACCCUCUAUAAUAAAGCAAAAUGAUUUGUUAGGUUAUGUCUGCUCGACCACGAAUAAAUUUAUAUUGAUUCAAAA